AUGGAUGCCUUCUCUAGUGUUUUAAUGGAGCCAUCGGGAAGCGGUGUCUGUCAAUGGGAGGUGAGCGAUAAGGCCAAACUGUGCCGCUUCCUGUGCUAUGGCUCGGAGGGAGACGUAUACACUGCCAGAGAGGGGCGCGUCAGCAUGGAACACGCCGGAGCCCUGGUCUCCAUGCUGCAGGAGGGCCGAGGCGCUGAGGUGGUGGAGGAGAUCAAAAGGUUCUCUCAGCAGGGGCGAGCCGUCACACUCGACCCGUCCUUGUUCGCCCUGGCUUUGUGCUCCCAGCAAUCAGAGCUGAAGACCAGGCAGGUGGCUUUCAAAGCCCUGAAGGAGGGCUGUCGGGACCCCGCACACCUGUUUUCUUUCAUCCAGCAGAAGAAGGAAUUGAGAGAGGGUAUGAAGUGUGGUAUUUGGGGACGCGCCCUGAGGAAAGCAGUGUCUGACUGGUACAAUGAGCAAGAUGCCAUGAGUCUGGCAGCAGCUGUGACCAAAUGUAAACAGAGAGAGGGAUGGACACACCAGGACCUGCUCAGGCUCUCACACACUAAACCAGCUGAGUUUAAACAGAACCACGUGACCACAGCAAAUAAUCAUCCAGCUCCUAUUGCAAUAUCUAUAAAUAAGUCACAAGCUAUUGCCUUGAUCAGCAAAUAUGUAACAAAAGGAUGGAAAGAAGUGCAGCUGGCUUACUCUGACAAAGAGAAAUCAGAAGAGGUUGGCACGGUGCUUUCCUACCUGGAAAUGGUAGAGAAGGUCAAGCACAGUUGUGAUGAAGCAGAGAUCAUUAAUUUAAUAGAAAAACACAAACUGGAGGGGGGGGGACAUGGAGAAGGGUCUAGCUCACAUUUAAAAACAACAGAGUUGAACAAAGUAUGGAGAGCGUUGUUGAAGGAUAUGCCUCUCCAAUCAGUGCUGAAGAUUUUGGGUAAGAUGACUUCAAACAAAGUUCUCGAACCAGGAAGUUCCGACACCCAAGCUCUAUGUGACAGAUUCCAGAGUCAGACCGCACUAACGAAGGCAAAGAUCCACCCUUUCCACAUACUCUUGUCUUCUGAAAACUACAAAAGAGACCAAGGCUAUCAGGUUAAAACCAAAUGGGAACCAGACAGCAGCAUCCUCAAAGCUAUGGACUCUGCCUUUUACAAGAGUUUUAUGAAUGUGGAGCCUGUGUCUAAACGCUUCGUUGUGGCCGUAGACCUGAGCACAUCCCUGAGCAGCGUUGUCCCGGGGACGUCUAUCAGCACUGCUGUCACCGCAGCAGCUAUUGCCAUGGUUUUUGCGAGGACAGAGGCAGACACACAUGUGCUGGCCUACUCUGAAGGCGUUCCUGUUCCCUGCUCCAUCUCUGCUGAUAUGACUCUCGCACAAGCAACAUUUGAACUGGUUAAGAUCCCAGGGGGGAGCACGGACUGCACCCUGCCCAUCUCCUGGGCCACAGAGAGCAGGAAAGGUGCAGACGUGUUCAUCAUCCUGACCAACAACCCUGUGUGGACGUUCACUGCCAGCCCAGUGCCAUCUCUGAAGAAGCACAGACACCAAUCAGGAGCCAAUUCCAAGCUGGUGAUGUGUGGGCUGACCUCCAUCGGACACGCCAUCGCAGACACAGAGGACAGAGUUUGGUUCAGGCAUCCUGCGAGGCCACAUGAUGUUGAUAACCGGGGUCCUGGCAAACACACUACAUCAAGACAAGUGAAGAUGGCGGAUGUGUUGAGUGUUCUCCGUCAGUAUAACAUCCAGAAAAAAGUAAUCGUCGCUAAAGGAGAUGAAGUUAUUUUCGGGGAGUUCUCCUGGCCGAAAAAUGUCAAGACCAACUACAUAAUCUGGGGUACUGGUAAAGAGGGCCAGCCCAAAGAGUACUAUACUUUGGACUCUAUCUUGUUUUUGCUCAACAAUGUGCAUCUCCCGCAUCCCUCCUAUGUCCGAAGAGCUGCAACCGAGAACAUCCCUGUUGUCAGACGACCUGAUCGAAAAGGCUUGCUGUCAUAUCUCAAUGGAGAGAGUUCUACAUCGACAAGUAUUGACAGAAGUGCGCCUAUAGAAAUAGGUUUGCAAAGGCCUACGCAAGUCAAACGAGCAGCUGAUGAGGUAUCUUCGGAAACCAAAAAACCAAGGAUUGAGGAUGAAGAGCGAGUGCGUCUGGAUAAGGAGCGCCUGGCCGCCCGUCUGGAGGGCCACAAAGAGGGCAUCGUGCAGACUGACCAGAUCAGAUCACUGUCUGAGGCCAUGUCUGUGGAGAAAAUCGCCGCCAUCAAAGCCAAGAUCAUGGCCAAGAAACGUUCCACCAUCAAAACAGAUCUGGACGAUGACAUCACCCUGAAGCAGAGGAGCUUCGUGGACGCAGAAGUGGAUGUGACCAGAGACAUUGUCAGCAGAGAGAGGGUGUGGAGGACCAGGACCACCAUCCUGCAGAGCACCGGGAAGAACUUCUCCAAGAACAUCUUCGCCAUCCUUCAGUCGGUGAAAGCCAGAGAAGAAGGGCGCGCCCCCGAGCAGAGGCCCGCACCAAACACUACUCAAGUGGACCCGUCCCUAAGGAACAAGCAACCUGUCCCUGCCGCCUACAACAGAUACGAUCAGGAGCGAUUCAAAGGAAAAGAGGAAACGGAGGGUUUCAAAAUUGAUACCAUGGGCACCUACCACGGCAUGACCCUGAAGUCAGUGACGGAAGGAGCAUCCGCCCGAAAGGCCCAGACUCCAGCGCUUCAGCCGGUCCCGCGUCCAGUUUCACAAGCCAGACCUCCACCGAAUCAAAAGAAAGGGUCCCGGACCCCCAUUGUCAUCAUCCCUGCCGCCACCACCUCACUCAUCACAAUGCUCAAUGCUAAGGAGCUCCUGCAGGAUCUGAAGUUUGUCACGCCGGAAGAGAAGAAGAAGCAGGGCAUCCAGCGUGAUAAUGAGGUUCUGCUGCAGAGACGCAAAGACCAGAUCCAGCCGGGGGGGGCGACUGUGAGCGUCACCGUGCCGUACCGAAUCAUCGACCAGCCGCUCAAACUGGCUCCACAGGACUGGGAUCGAGUGGUGGCCGUGUUUGUGCAGGGUCCUGCCUGGCAGUUCAAAGGCUGGCCGUGGCUGCUGCCUGAUGGAUCUCCUGUUGACAUUUUUGCCAAAAUUCGAGCCUUUCAUCUGAAGUACGACGAGGCGAAGAUCGACCCCAACGUGCAGAAGUGGGAUGUGUCCGUCCUGGAGCUGAGCCGCCACCGGCGCCAUCUGGACCGACCCGUGUUCCUGCACUUCUGGGAAACCGUCGACAGAUACCUGGUCAAACACAAAGCUCACCUCCGGUUCUGAGCCCAGAUCACUGCGUCCAUCCCCGGAAAAAAUACUAUGACCCCCUCCAACCCUCCUCGGUCCAACUUGUAUCCCCAUUAUCCAUUUUGAUUCUCAUCUCGUGGACUUCCUCCUUUACUUCCUCGAGGACUACUUUUCUCUGGACACCUGCGGGGAGAUUUAGGGAAUUUUCUGUUUUUGGUUGUAAUUAUUUCCUAAUAUUUUCAUGUAGAAAAAUACCAAAAUAUGUUUUAUAUGAAAAAAAUACUGUGGAAAUGAUUAAGAUGCGAUAUCUAGCAACAUAAUGGGGUCGGAGGGAGAGGUUUCAUUUUGUCAACAGUAAAGAGAACUGUUAAGGUCAAAAUGACUCUUGGUAAAAACAAAGCAGUUUGAGGAAAGUGACUUCCUUUACACUUUUUCCUUUUGGGUUUCUUUGGUCUGAAUGUACAUAUAUGAUAUGAUGAUUGCUGUCAGAUCACAGCUCUGAGCGGAGAGAAGGUUGCCAGUGAUUUGUUAAUACGACUGUUAUCACGUCAGUCUGUUCCUAGCUCAGUUUUUGACUGAUCAGCAUUUCUCUGGGUCAUGCAAUGGCCUUGUUAAAGUCUUCGUUUUCUUCUUUGUUGGUGUUGUGCUAGAAGAGAAAUAUGAUGGAAAGUAUUGCUUUAAGUCGUCACAUGAAAAUAGACAAUAAAGCCUCAGAAAAACAAAA